UAUAGAUUAUACAGCACUAACACACUUGUGAACUCCGACAUCCGUGUUUAGUUUAUUCGCGUCACGGUCAUCUGAAUACUCGUUAUCGUUUUUCGUUGUAGUGCUUAAUAUUUCUUUUCAAAGUUUGCAACCUUAACUGUCCGUUAAACUUUUGAAACCUUAAUCAUUUUUCUGGUUUUUCGUGUACUCCGUUAUUGGCGUCACUGUGCACUGUCAUUUUACUGUUAACAACGCAGAAAGAGGGUCUCUUCGAAACUUUACGAGUAAUAAAGUAACAAGAAAAUUUGUAUACAUUUCGUCAAACUGACGACUUUGUCUUGAUACGCUAAUAUGUCACGUUAACAGUGUUUUUAUCACUAAUAAUCAAAGUGGUGUCAUUUGAACGCCCUACAGAAUGCCUGGUAUUGGUGUCAACUUGCGUGUAACUGGUUAUUGUAACCAAGGUGGUAGAAAGUAUAUGGAAGACAUGUUUUCAGUUGCAUAUCAGCAAACACCAGAUAUGAAAGAUUUGGAAUAUGCAUUCUUUGGCAUAUUUGAUGGUCACGGUGGUUCAGAAGCAGCAGCAUAUGCCAAAGAUCAUUUAUUAGAUACCAUUAUCAAAGAUGAUGCGUUUUGGUCAGACAACGAUGAAGAUGUUCUUAGAGCUAUUCGUAAUGGUUACAUUGCAACUCACAUUGAUAUGUGGAAAAACUUAGAAAAUUGGCCGAGAACUCAAUCGGGUUUACCCAAUACUUCUGGUACUACUGCAAGUAUAGCCUUUAUAAUGAGAGGAAAAAUUUAUACAGGACAUGUUGGUGAUAGUUGUAUUGUACUUGGUUAUCAAGACGAAGAAAAUGGAGAUUGGAAAGCUAAACCACUGACACGUGAUCAUAAACCUGAAUCAUUUGAAGAGAAAAUAAGAAUAGAAAAAAGUGGAGGUAAAGUAAUCAAUAAAUCUGGAGUACCUCGUGUCGUAUGGAAUAGACCUCGUAUCGGUCAUAAAGGUCCAGUAAGACGUUCAACUACUAUAGAUGAAAUUCCAUUCCUAGCAGUUGCGCGUGCUCUUGGAGACUUUUGGAGUUACAAUUCUGAACAUGAUACAUUUGUAGUCUCACCUGAACCUGAUGUUGAUGUUUUUAAUGUUGAUCCAUUAAAACACAGAUGCUUAGUGUUUGGUACAGAUGGCUUAUGGAAUGUUCUUUCACCUGAUGUAGCUGUUUCUAAUGUUCAUGCUACUGAAAAACAUAAUAUUGAAAUGAAAUCAUUAGAUAAACAAGAAUGGUUAAAUCCAUCCAAAAAUCUUGUAGACAAAGCAAUAUUACAAUGGAAUAAAGUCAGAUUAAGAGCUGAUAACACUACUGUCAUAACAUUAAUGCUUGAUCCACCUGGCCCACCGGCUCCUCAAGUUUUGUUAAAACAUAAAAUGCAAACUGGUAAUAUGAAGUGUGAAGAUAAAAAUAAUUGUAAAUGUGUUGAUGGAGACCCUCAAGUUCAAAGAUUUGGUAAAGGUUCAAGUGGUGGUUAUGCUAUUUUCACGAGGUAUCCUACUGACCAAUCACUCAAGUCGCCUCAUUACCCUGCUAGCUCAUCAAAAAUGUGUUCAAAUCCUCCAUCUACUGAAACACCAAUUGUAAAGUCUAGCAAAGUACUUAGAACUUCAGCUAAAUUAAAUAAUAAUAAUAACAAUAAUAGUAGUAAUGACAAUAACAACAGUUCUAGUAAAAAAAAUAGUACACCUUCUCAAAAAAGAACAACCCGUGCAAGUAGCGGAAAAGUAGUUAAAAAACAAAAGUUAAAUAAUAAUGCCACAGGUGAAGAAGUCUCCAAAUAUCAGAAUAGUGAUUCUGAAAAUCAUCAACUACCCCCUGAGGCUUGGCUUGUAUCGCCAACAAAAUCUAUAAAGCCUGAAGAAACAAAAUUAGGUGUAGUUUUAAGAAGCUCUGGAAGAGUUUCAAAAGUUUGGAAAUGUUCUAACUCAAAAGAGGGACCACCAACUACUCCUAAAAUAUCUUCUAUUUCAAAAAUAAAAACUCCUUUAACUGAACCAAUGACUAGAACAUUAAGGUCGCAGAAAAAGAAAAUUUAUAAGAGAAGUAAUAACACAUUAUCAAGAUCAUGGUCAGCUGGUGUUACUACUCGUAGCCAUAGAAAAAGUGUUAAGUGUUAAAAAAAUUUUUGUGUUUUUUUUUUUUUUUUUUUUUCCAACAUUUAUGUUAAGUACUGAUGGCUAUUUUUCAGUAACAAUUUUAAAACAUCCUCAGUUGAUUUGUUUCUAUUUUAUGUUGAAAUACCUUUGAAAAAUAAAAAAAACAUAAAAAUUACUGUACUUUAAUUUUUUUUGUUGCUGGUUUUAAUCCAUAGAGUAUUUUUUAAACUGUUUAAAAAAUAUAUAAAAUUUUUAAGUUUCUAUUUUAAAACUUAUUGACUUGUUAUGAUUAAUGACCAUUUGAAUAUUCCUUAUUUACACCUGCUAUUAUUGUAUAAUUU